ACAGCACUAGAUAUUGCAUUAAAACUUACUGUAAAAAUAGUUUAAAUACAUAUAUUUAUAUUUAUUUUUUUCUUGGUAAUGAAAUAAUGUUGCUUUUUAUGUACAAAAAGUAAACGUACACGUUGAGUCCAAUUGCUGAAUAACAGAUGAUAAAGAAGUGGGUGGACAAAGAUUAUUGUGAUAGUAAUAAUUCCAUAUACAUAAGUACAUAAAAUAUUUGCCCUUAUUAUCUGGAAGUUGUAUAAGAUGAACGAACUCAAAGCUCCUUCGCUGCAAUCGUUGUUGGGCUCUGACCGUGGUUCCACUGACAGUUUAUUAGCCGAAUCAUUAUUGGAUUUAGAAGAGUUGGAUGAUAUUGAAUAUUCAAUUCCACCUACCGGUGUUUUACCUUCUUUAGAAAGGGUUUUAAGCGAAUUUGAUGCUGAUUCUGAUGUAGCUUCUGAAUUGGGCGUACCAGUGCCAACACCGACACCAUCUCUAACCGAAGAGAGUAGCGUUCGCGUGAGUGGCACUGGUGGCAGUGGCAGUAUUAUGCGAUAUGCUUUAUUGCAGGGAAUAUCAGCGCAACUUUCCUCAGCGGCUGAUCGUAUUAAUGCCGGAUUGGCUACUGCCUGUACCGUCUGUAACCAUUACUACGUCAUAGGUACCUCACAUGGUCAUAUUUUAAAUUUUGAUGUUACGCAAACAUUACGAUGGGCUCAUCAGGAUAAAAAUGGGCAGGGUGCCGUUUCCGCUAUGGCUUUUAAUCCCGAAGGUGCCAGAUUAUUGGCUGGAUUUGCUCGUGGUUUAGUACUGAUGUUCGACACCCAAACGGGAGAUGUAAUGCGCCAAUUGAAUGAUGUUGUUACACCUAAUACGGGUGUAUUGCAUAUAAAAUGGACUUCAAGGUCGGCAAUGGCUUUAGCAGCUGACUCAGGUGGCUCAGUGUGGUCAUUAAGCUUUACACGCAAACUAGGCGUUCGAGGUUGUUCAACACGCUGCCUAUUUAGUGGGGCUCGGGGCGAAGUGUGUGCCGUAGAGCCUCUACUUACCAUAUGUAAUGCACACCAUGACUUAGAUCAAUAUUGUAUAGUUGCCCUAGCCACCUUAUCAAAAUAUUUCAUUGUAACCAUUAGGCCUCGUUUGAAAGUUAUUAAAUAUCAUUUAUUGCAAGGGCCCCCUGACUGUUUGCCUGUCUUGGCCUGGCAAAUGGUGCUAAUACAAGCAGCUGACAGCUCAAGAUCGGUGGAUCCUGUUCUGGUAGUCGGCCGUGGCAAUCAAUUAUUUUUUCAUCAAUUGUUCAUGUCACAGGGGCGUGUAACAUUGCUCUUAUUGCGUCAUAUUACCAUGCCUACCAAUUUGUUGUCUGUGCAUUGGUUGGGUCCAAAAUGUGUCGGUUGUUUGGAUACCUCAGAGAUAUUGCAUUUGAUGGAUGUACGCUCUAGUAAAGAAUUGGAAUGCAUUGAUUUGGCAAAUGCUGGAAUGGUAUACGGUUCGGCGCACUUUAAAGGCUUGGCUACCGGGGGAAAUGUUUCGCCUGCUUUAGCUUUAGCUGGAACGAAUGCUUGUUACAAUUCUCUAAGUGCUAGAGGUGUGCAUUUAUAUAUAUUGGGAGCACGUAUCAUGCAUACAAUUAGUGUUAGAACUUGGAUGGAAAGGAUUUCGUAUUUGGUAAAAAAUCAACGUUGGCAAGAAGCUUGCGAUUUAGCUUUGGAAGGCUAUCGUGUGGCUGCGGAACGUCCCAAACGUAAACAGCAAGCUAAGGAGCGUAUAAUUAUGUUAUUUAAAGAAUAUCUGGCAGCGUCUGCUCGUGCACCCGACUACUGUUUAGGUAAUAUCAUUAAAUGUUUAAUUACGGUCGGCGAGUUAGAUCUACUAUGGUCUCAAUUAUGGGAGCGUUUACAAAAUCGUGGACUAUUUUUACAACACAUUACCGAACAUAUAGAAAAUGAAGAUAUUCAACGCGUCAAUCCAAUAAUAUCACAAGCGUUGGUUGAGUAUUGGCUGAAGAUAUCACCAUUAAAACUGGAGGAGAUUAUCUUGAAAUUAGAUUGGACGUGCUUGGAUUUAAAUCAAGUGUUAAAGGCUGCUAAAAAGCACAAACUGUACAGAGCUCAGAUUUAUCUAAACGCCCAUGCCUUACAUGAUUACACUAUAUCUUUGACUGAAUUGAUACCAUUGCUGGAAAACGAACAUCCGGAUUUGGGUAAUUGCAUCCUCGUUUAUAUUUCUAGUUGUUUAGCGGGCAGAGGUUAUCCCACCGGCGAUAUACAAGAGGAAUUAGUGCAAACUGUUAAGCAUGAAGUAUUGCGUUGUUUAACAUCGCUGCAUUCCAAUACAAGUGAACCCAACGAGUUGCCUUAUCCCUACCUGAGAGCUUUAUUGAAAUUCGAUACCCGCGAAACUUUAAAUGUUAUUUCGUUGGCCUUUCAGGAGAAAGAGUUUAAAGGCGAGCUAGGCUAUUCGCACCGCAAACGGAUCAUUAAUAUCUUAUUGGAGAUCAUGACACCCGAAAACACUACAUGGGCUGAAAUUGGAUGUUUGCUCAAUUUUAUCGCUCAGCAAAUUUCACAGAAUUUCUUAUCCUGCGAUACCCAGUUAUUGGAGAAGGUUCUCAAUUACUUAUCGAUGGAGAAAGUGGAAAACGAAAGCGUUCGUUUGCACUCUGAAAGAGAAAAUGCUUGGUACGAAUUGUUGGUUAAUAAUUGUUUACGAAAUAUAAGCCAUGACGAAGAGCAGUUAGAUAUGGCGAGAAAGGCUCACUGCUAUUAUGUAGAGGAGUAUCUUCUAGAAAAGCUGCAACGUUACGAUACAAUUAUGGAGUGUUAUCUCAAUAAUCCAUUACGACGCGAUAUUAUGUUCGUUUAUAUGGAACGACAUGCCUAUAAUCCAGAACGUAAAAUCCUAGAACAGCUUGAACUUCAUAUCAAAAGGAUAUUAAAAAUUGAUGCCAAAGAAUGCGCGCGUAUAAUAGACGUACACUUUAAGGACCACAUUAAUCAUUUUCUGCAAUUGAUAAACGAUGAUGAAGAGAUUUUGUUUGCGUUUCUGAAAAAUUUACACGAACGUUGCGUACGUUUAAGCGACGAGCAAAGCGAACAAUUGUUAAAGUUAUUGUGCAAAUAUCAGCCUAACAAAGUGGAAGAAUAUCUUAAGACCACCGAGACAUAUCGUGUGGAGAAUGCGCUCACCUUAGUGAAAGAGUUUAAAUUGUUUAAUGCCGCUAUUUAUUUGGCUGAAAAGCAAGGCAACUUUAGUUUGGCUUUCGAGUUUGCUAUGCAAGUAAUGAAAGAGGCAUCAGAUGGGGAUGAAGUGGCUGAGUGUGCACGCGCUGUAACGGCCUUAUGCGCCCGCUCUUCAUUAGCGAAUCAUAGCAAGAUGAGCGCUCAAGAACGCGAGCUAUUAUGGUUUGAAUUACUGAAAUUUGCUUUGCCACGCGAAGAUCUAAAAUCGCUAACCAAAACGAUGUUACAGGAGGCAUCACGUUACGUUGAUUUACCUCAACUAGUGCAAAUGGUGAUGAAUACGCGCAAUGUAUCGGGAAACUUUGGUGAUAUUAAAGAAUUGUUACUAAGCAUGCUGACCCAAUCUCGUUUAGAAACUGUGACAAUGGAAAAUGCCGCGCUUAUAUUGGAAAAGGAACUAUGUGAGCAAUUCCAUCAACGCCAUCGCCUAAGUUGUCGUGGUUUAUGGGUAACUAUGUUAAAGUGUGUGAUAUGCCAUCAACGCUUGUAUAAUCAGGCACCAGUGGUGAUAUUAGGCAGUUGUGGCCAUGCGAUGCACGAGCAAUGCUCCGCCCAUUACCAGCAACAAUGUCUAUCAAAUGAUGAACUGAAAAAUGCUAACGAUAAUAAAGAUGAUGAUGAUGAUAAUGAUGAUGAUAGUUCAUUUGACGAAGACGACGAAGAUAACUACAAAUGCUUGUACUGUUCUACGGAAAUUGAUAAAAUUCAGUUACAACAACCGUUUCGAUUAGGUAAAGUCAAGCACUGCGAUUCAGAACAAAGCCAUAACCUUAACUUUGAACCUUUCAACCCAAAUAUUAGAGAAUUAGGGACUUUAUCAUUAAAGUCGCCACCUCGUAAAUUCUAGAUAAGCCAGAAACGUUAUCCUAAUAAUACUUUAAAUUAAGAAACACUUGUUAUUUUUAGGCUAAUCAUGCUUUUCUUUUUGAUUUUUCUCUUCGUUUUUUU